CUAACUUUCGUUAUCUUCUUCAAUUCAAGAACCAAGACUGGAAUUUUCUUGGAAUAUAUCAUGAUCAACUUACGAAUUCAAUCAACCAUCAAAUCAAAACUAAAACUUCAAAGAUUAUCAUAUACAACAACAUCAUCAAAUCAACCUACCUUCGCUUCGACUUGUACUGCAACAGUUCCAUCCUACACUCGUCAUUUAAUACUACAUCAUCAAUCUAUUUCAGAAUCAAAUUGGCCAUCUGAUCUAACUACAAUCUCACCAUUAUACAAAACUUUACAAAACCUUACAAAACCUGGUCAAAGCUUACAUGGUUUAGGAUUAAGUCUUAGUACUACUAGCUCGAGGAGUUCAAGUUUGAAUCUAUCAUCAAGUUUAGAUUCUAUUCAAGAAGCUUACCUUCAUUCAUCUCAUCAUACCAUUCGAAUCCCUUUCACACUUUCAAAUUCAAAUCUAGAUGAAUUCAUAGAGUUUUAUAAAAGUUUACCUACCAUAGAUAUCAAAAAUAGAUCCAAAUCAACUCAAUCAAACCUACCUUUAGAUCAUGACUCUUUUGAUUCAUUUUAUGUUUAUGUUUGUGUACAUGAAAAUAGAGAUUGUAGAUGUGGUAUAAGAGGUAAACCAUUAUUAGAAUCAUUAAAAACUUUAUACCAAACUCGAAUUUCACAAAGACCUUCAAAACCUAUUUAUAAAUUCUAUCCAAUCUCUCAUAUUGGUGGUCAUAAAUAUGCUGGAAAUUUAUUGGUUUAUCCUACUGGAAAUUGGUUUGGUUUAUUAGAUCCAAUGGUAAAAGGUGACGAUGAAAAGAUCUUGAAUUGCUUGUUGAGUUUAGGUACUGAGAAUGAACAGAUUUGGUGGGAUAAAUGGCGUGGUCGAAUAGGAUUAGAUAAGGAGGUUCAAUGGGAUGUUUAUCAAUCAGGUAUAAAAAAUCUAAACAAACACCAAAGGUCUCAGAACAAAAUAGAAACCCUACAAGGUCCAGAUGUCAUUGUACGAUUCAAAACAUACGAAGGUGAAGUUUUAUCUUUAAAAGUUGCUAAAAGAGGAGAAGCACCUUCUAUUGAAGCUACCUGUGGUGGUAAUUGUGAAUGUGCAACUUGUCAAAUUUAUAUAGAUGAAACUGCACCUAUUCCACCUCCAAAUGAGAAUGAAGAAGAUAUGUUGUUUACCGCCAUUGAUAGACGUGAUCAAUCAAGAUUAGCUUGUCAAGUGGUUUUAACACAUCAAUUAGCUGAUUGGCUAGAAAGUCAAACCGAUCCUCGAAUCCAAUUACCUCGCUUUUGAUUACAAGAGGUAUGGACACUUGAACUUUGAAAAAGUCAGAUUAUGUAGUUGAUCUUGAUUAAAUCAUUGGUUAGAUGAUGAUCACUCCAUUUAUAGUCUGAAAGUCUCUAGUCUAUUGUAUAGGUACACAGGGCACUACAAAAAAUACCGUCCUGUACAAAAAAACCACUGCUCUUUGUAAAACCCCUUCUUGUUAUAUCUACAGGUCACGAGUGUCAUCAAGCUUUGCAUACUUUGGCCACCAAAUGGUGCAUAACAUAUUUUCAAACACAAUCAAGCCAAGCGUGUUGCUCAUAUGGCCCUCGACUUCUUCAACUAUGUGAUGUUAUGCAACAUUUGGGUGUAGACAUAGUUGUAUUCUACUGUGAUUAUUUCAACUUGUGACCCCCUAUCAUCUCUGUUGGCAAUUCCAUAAAAAAGCUGAAUGCUUCUUC